AAACCGGAACUGAAAGUUAGGAACUCGUGUUUGCCCCGUCGCCAUUUGAGAGUGGCACACCCGAGUAGCAGUGAAGUUGAUGUUGUUGUCAUUUACUGCUCCAGCAGCUCUUCUGUUCUGGUUCUUUCCCCCCGGCUCUGGGAGCGUGGCGCUGGGGAGGAGAGUGUCCCACACCGGCGGCCCAGCCUGGGUGGAUACUUUAGUCUCACCGGGCAACUUUUGUUUUCUGACAUUUUUACAGCAAGGCGAGCUAACACGGCUAGCUGAGCAGCGAUGGAGUGGCGGAGCAACAACGCCGACGGUGAGCCUCCUUGGCCGGCGACGGGCGGUGGAAGUGUGGGCCCCACCCCGCAGACAUCACCGUGUGCCUGCGCCACGCCGUCCGUCUGCCAGAGCCCGCAGUGCUGCGUGAAGACCCCCAUCGUGUCCAGCUGGACGCUGGCCGAAGUCCAGGACCGCCUGUGCUCUUUGAGCGUCCACUGCUCCGAGUCCCUGGAGCAGGAACGCGCCCGUACCCGGGCCUGCCCCGCGGAGCUGAUCAACACCGAGGAGGAGUGGCGGCGCAAAGAGAGCAUGCUGGGAGGAGGUCCGCAGCCUGGCCGAGGACCGGUGCUGGAAGCCGUCGGGAGUUGGGACGUUUUCGAUAAGAGUAUCAUCAACGUCCAAAAUCAGCCUGCAGAGGCGGACGGCUGCGGGACGUCGCUACAAAAGGAUGAAGAAGAGCUCCGGCACUUCGGCAUGUUGCGGCGAUGGGACGACAGUCAGCGGUUCCUGGCGGAGAAGCCUCAGCUCAUCUGCGAAGAGACGGCCAACUACCUAUUUUCGUGGUGCAUCCGACUCCAGCAGGAAGGGAAGGAGGCGCUGAUGGCGCAGGUGGCGCACCAAGCCGUCGCCAUGCAGUUCAUCCUGGAGAUGGCGUCCAACUACGGCCAGGACCCCCGAGGCUGCUUCAGGCAGUUCUUCCAAAAAGCCAAAGAAGGACAAGACGUCUACUUGGAAGUCUUCCACGCCGAGCUAGAGGCCUUGAAGCGCCGAGUGCGGCAGCACGUGGACAGGUGUGACAGGGACACCUGCAACGAGCCCAGCAACGGCACCAACUGCAGACACGCCCCCAAAGAAGCCCAGCAGGUGGCGCACUACCCCAACAGGCGUCGCGGGCCGUUGAUCGGCUCUGGGCGGUGGAGCAAGGACGACGCGGCAGAGAGUGAAGACACACGCAUGAUGGAGACUUCCUAGGAGAACUUCCUUGGCCUCAUCACCUUGUAGGAACACACCUUGUAAUAAAAGGAAGCACUUUAGUGACGUCUCUAAUGCAGCCCUCCAUCUUCAUCUUCAUCGUCAUCAUCAUCAGGUGGUGAGUGGCAGUUAAAUCAUGCUGACUUGUGUCCUCUUUCACGCUAACCAUGUCAAUCCUUUAGUGUUAGCACUCAACUAGCAUGCUAACAGUUAGCACACCAACAGGACAUAACAAGCAGCAUAAUAAUCAACAUAAUGAUAUAGCAGCUGCUGAGACAUCACCUUUAUUUAGACAAAUACUUGCAUUAGUUUCAAUAAUUGCACUCAGGUUUUGAAGACUUCUAGAGUACAACAGAGUACAUGACUAUGUAAUAAUAACUAUAUACUAAUAUAUAUAUAUAUAUAAUCUGUGGUAAUUACUGCAGGUAGAACAAUCUAUUGAUGUUUUUUUAUCCAACAGCUUCUCCUCCAGCCCAUGUUCUUGUCUUUAAACUAGACUUAUAAAGAGCAGCUU